CUUUGCAAACUUACCGGUGAACUGAACGGGCAGCAGUCUCACAAGGUGUCAGGAGCCUCUUCUUCGAGCCGGAAGAGGAAAAGACGCAUCAAAGACGAGGUCGAGGAAGAAGGCGCGAUGCCUCAGCAAGCUGCCGCCAAAGCACGGUCCGCGAACGCAUGCAACACAUGCCGUAGGCGCAAGGUCAAGUGUUCGGGAGAGCAGCCUUGCAGGAAUUGUGCACGAAACAACCUAGACUGUGAAUUUGGCGAUGGGAGAAAGAGAUAUUCAGAGGCAUACGUCUCGGAAUUGAGAGCCACCUUGACCCGAUAUGAGGACCAAAUAAAGGAGCUCGCCAGACAACCACGAGCACAACCUUCGCCACCCGCCCGGGGGGUCUCAACAGGGGCAUCAAAUCCGAGUCCACCAGGCAUUGCACCCUUUGAGCCUACCGGUGAGGUACCGCCUCCGAGUUAUGCAUCCAUAGAACGUGCUCCCGGCCCGCUCUUCGAGCAACGGUUGCGGAGUCUCUUCCACGAGAACAAUGGCAAAGACCCAGACUCUCCGGAGAAGGAUGCUCCGGAACACCUGGAGAACGAGGAUCCGCGUGACCUGCCAUUUACCCCUGAAUGGACCUCAACAAAUGAGUUGAUCAAGGGCAUCCCUCACCAGGCCUUCCCCAAAGAGGCCGAGUCUAAUCGUCUCCUGAACCUCUUCAACUCCUACAUGGGAGUAACACAGCACUUCUUAGACCAGCGGACAUUCACAGACAACAUGACGCUGCUUUUCAACAGCCAAGCAUCUCGAGCUCGACAGAUGGACACGCCCUGGUUCACACUGUACCUUCUCGUCAUGGCCAUGGGCAAACUUAUGGAGGAGGAUCCGCGCGAGGUUCGCGGACCCCCGGGAGCGUUCUGGUUUGCUGAAGCUAUGAGGAGGCUCCCGCCACUUCACAGCAUCAGCGAGUAUGGCAUAGUUGGGCUUGAGAUUCUGUGUCUGGCGACGACAUACCUGCAGUGGAACGACCGGAAAAAUGAUGCGUACUUUUUCGUGGGAACAACAGUUAGACUUGCCCUGACUCUGGGCUGCAACUUGCCAUUUUCAGAGCAAAAGUGCCUACCAUCAGAGAGAGCACACAGAAUGCGGGUGUGGUGGACUGUCUACAUGUUGGAUCAGCGCAUAUCGGCAGGCCUCGGGCGCCCAGCUUCCGUUGAUGAUAGGCACCUUUCGUUCGAUCUCCCUGGCCCCUCUCCAGGGUUUGAUUCUCCAGAGCCUCUCAAUGUCAACGUCAAGAUUGCCCGGACAACGGGAGAGAUCAUGUCAUCAUUAUAUAGUCGAGGCGCACUAUCGCAAGCCGAUCUUGUCAGGAAGAUGAGAAACUUGCUCCAAUCACUACACGACAUUGGCGGAUCCAUCCCGGCAGAUCUUGCCAUUGACUUCAGCAACAAGCAGUUUGAGGUCACCAGAGCUGGUGCAUCACUAUAUCUGAGGUUAUUUCAGUCCAUCAUUCUCUGCAUCAGACCAAUUCUUCUUCAAAAGGUCAAAGACAAGGUUCAGAAAACACAGAAGCAGGCUGUGACCUCGGCAAUCUCACAACUGUGCCUCCUGUGCAACGAGUCGGCUCUGAGAAUUAUCCGCAUCCUCAUGGCUAUGCAAAGGCAAGAAGAAAUUGCGCCAUUUGCAUUCUUCGAUCUGGAUGCUGCCUUUUCAGCCGCCUUCGUCCUAAUCAUGCGCGGCUUCGCACACAAGCAGGAUAGUCAAAAGCCGCCACCGCAAGAACUGUUCCAGGCCAUUGAUUUCUUGGAGUAUCUGUCCUCUGCAGGAAACCAGGCGGCAGCGCAGCGUCUCAAGGAUGUUCGGCAGUUUUCUGCACACGUGUGGGCCAAUGUGGUAGCGUUCGAUAAGGACCAUGACUUGCAGAUGGGAGAUUCCGGGGCGUCCCAUGGGGUACCCCAGGUGGGGAACACACCCGGGGCCGGACUACCGGAGCAGUCGGGACCUUCACCGGCCCAGAUGCCCUUGACUACGCCGACGCCCAGUUCCUCUGUGCCGUCUUGGGAGGGAGAAAUGUUUGGAGGACCUGCUGACACCUAUGGAUCAGACACGUUGUUCGGUCUGAACUUGGAUGAGAAUCUGGAACAAGCCUUUGGGCUGGAAGCGGCGGAGGGUAUCUAUAAUAGUUUCAACGACCCUACUCUCCCCUUAACGGGAGUUGACCAGCUGGAUUGGGCUGAGCUGGAAAAGAUGAUGGCACCGGGAGGCGUCUCCAUCCUUGGCGCCGGCAACGAAGCUUCUCGCCGGAUCCUCACCAAGGAAGCCGUCAACUUUCUCGCAAUCCUGCACCGCAGUUUCGAGCCGACUCGCCAACACCUUCUCAGUCUCCGCCAACAACGUCAAAUCGACACAGAUAACGGACACCUGCCAGAUUUCCUCCCUGAGACUAAGCACGUUCGCGAUGAUAAGAACUGGAGAGGCGCCCAGCCAGCGCCUGGUUUGGUAGAUCGCAGAGUUGAAAUUACCGGACCCACGGACAGGAAAAUGGUCGUCAACGCGCUCAACUCUGAUGUUUGGGCCUACAUGGCUGAUUUUGAAGACUCAAAUGGUCCUACAUGGGACAACAUGAUUCAGGGCCAGGCCAAUCUCUACGACGCCAUCCGCCGGCAAGUUGACUUCAAGCUCGGCGAAAAAGAGUACAAGCUCAGAACUGAUCGCACACUUCCGACUUUGAUCGCCCGCACGCGCGGAUGGCACCUGGACGAGAAACAUUUCACCGUCGACGGGCAGCCCAUGUCCGGCGCGCUGUUUGAUUUUGGACUGUACUUUUUCCAUAACGCCAAAGAGUUGAUUUCCCGCGGCGCCGGCCCCUAUUUCUACCUGCCCAAGAUGGAGUCGCAUCUCGAGGCGAGGUUAUGGAACGACGUGUUCAACAUGUCGCAGGACUACAUCGGUAUCUCACGAGGUACCGUCCGCGCUACCGUGUUGAUCGAGACCAUCAGCGCUGUUUUCGAAAUGGACGAGAUCAUCUACGAGCUCAGAGAUCAUAGCUCAGGCCUCAACUGCGGCAGAUGGGACUACAUCUUCACUUUUGUCAAGCGCUUCCGCAACCGACCUGGCUUCGUUCUCCCCGACCGCUCCGACGUAAGCAUGACCGUCCCCUUCAUGGACGCCUACGUCAAGCUCCUUAUCAGCACAUGCCACGCCCGCGGCGUCCACGCAAUGGGCGGCAUGGCGGCCCUCAUCCCGCGCAAGGACGAUCCGGCCGCGAACGCCCAAGCGAUGGACAGCGUGCGCGCCGACAAGCUGCGCGAGGUCAAGGCCGGGCACGACGGUACCUGGGUUGCGCACCCGGCGCUUGCGUCGAUUGCGUCGGAGAUUUUCAACGAGCACAUGCCUACCGCGAACCAGAUCUUCAAGAGGCCCGAGGUGAAGGUCACGCGCGACGAUUUGAUCAACUCUGUUGUUCCCGGAAAGAUUACCGACGAGGGUGUGAGGAAGAAUCUGCAUAUUACUCUGGCGUACAUGGAGGGUUGGCUUCGUGGUGUGGGCUGCAGUGCUAUCAACUAUCUCAUGGAGGACGCCGCAACAGCUGAGGUAUCGCGCUCACAACUGUGGUACUGGGUACACCACGGCGUCAGCACCGCUGAAGGCACAAAACUCGACAAGACAACAAUGCUCAACGUCCUCGACGACGUCACAAAGGAGCUGCUCAAGUCUGCGCCGGCGAACAACAAGUUCGAGCUGGCGGCGAAAUACCUGCGGCCGCAAGUUACGGGCGAGGACUACGCCGACUUCCUGACGACACUACUUUAUGAUGAGAUUACUUCUGUUGGGCCGUCAUGGAAGCUCUAG